UAAAUAUUGAAAAGAAAAAAUCGCUAAUCCUUCCGCCGGUUACAGAGAGAAACGCAAGAAAAGGUCAAUAAUAGCAUCGAGUAGCUUGGCGUGGCAAGAUGAGUGUAUCACAAUAAAGGAAAGCAGAGAUUAUUAUUGCUUUCGGAGUUUGUAAGCAAACGGAGUAGUCCUGAUUUUCGUUGGCUUACUGCUAAUCGACUAAAAAUGCUAUUCUUCUCAUAUUUCAAGGAAUUGGUUGGAAAAGAAGUAACAGUGGAGUUGAAGAAUGAUUUGGCCAUUAGAGGAGUUCUGCAUUCAGUCGAUCAGUAUCUCAACAUCCGACUGGAGAACACACGAGUCGUUGACCAACACAAAUAUCCACAUAUGCUCUCGGUGAGAAACUGUUUUAUCAGAGGGUCAGUGGUCCGAUAUGUUCAACUACCACCCGAUGGUGUGGAUGUUGACAUUUUGCAUGAUGCAACAAGGAGGGAAGCACGUGGAGGUUGAUUGCAUCAUUUUUCUUUAGUCCAGUCCAUUUUGGUACUUAAACUAAAGAUAGCACAUGUUUACAAAUUGUUCAUGUGAUUUCUAUAUGGUCUUCACUAGAAAUACAGAAGAUUUAUGCUUUGCAGGAAGGCUUGAUUUUGAAGAUGUCUUCCUGUAAUUUCUUAUAUGAUGUUUGAUGUAUAGGGUUGAAACUUUCUUUCGCAAAUAUUUCAGCUAUUUAUAAUUUGUUCUGCUACGGUUCUAGGUGGAGCAAAGAAAACCGUCAAAUCACUAGGUGGUAGAAAUCCUUGGGUUGCUAAUGCAUUAAUUACCAAUUAUGAUUUAUUAUCAGAGCUACUCUUAAUUGAAUCUCAAGGAACAGACUCUUAUGUUA